AUGUAUGUACGUCUCGGUUUUUGUUGUAAAUUGCUUGUCGUUAUCAAUAUCAGCUUUAUUUAGUAUAUCCACCGACUGUAAACAUUCGGCAAUACACCGUCGUGCAAUAACGUUUGCUCGUUUUAUCAACCCAAUUGCGCUUGCAUUAUUUAUUGUAUGUAUCUAUCUUAGUAAGUGUACCACGUGGUUGGAGCCUCUUUCGAUACACUAUAAUUCAGCUGAUUGGUGCAAUUGUCGAUAGUAAUAGUAGUUUACUCCAUUGAACUCACACAAACGCACAUUCGAAGUAAUUCAGUGACUUCAGAGAUGGUCCGUUCGAAAGUGCGCAACUUGGGCGAUUUACUCAAGCAUACCCUGGGCGAGGUGGAAGUUUUAGAAGAAAAAUACAAGUUCCUCACCGAUCCCGGGGAACAUUAUGGAAGUAUUAUGUUGGCGGUGGACGUAACGGUUAAAAAGCCGGGCGAAACGAAGGAGGAAGUGCUAUAUUUAGUGGCUAAAAUUUUGCCAGCCAGCGAAAUGCUCAGGGUCGUAUUCGAUGUUAGUGUUACAUUCAAAAAGGAAAUAAACGCAUAUCUGAACGCAGUUCCGGCCAUUCUACGGUUCCAGAAAGACAACAACGUACCGAAAGAGCACGAAUUUGAUAUUUUUCCUAAAUGUUACGGAGCUAGAUUAUCUUUGGACAAAAACAAAGACAGCGUGGACGAUGAUGCAGCUAUUAUAUUCGACAACCUCAAAAGUUAUGGCUAUGAGAUGGGUGAUCGACUUGUCGGUUUUGAUUUAGCUCAUGCCGAAUUGAUUGUGAGAGAUUUGGCCAAAUUUCAUGCAGUUCCCCUCGCUCUACGAUUGAAAAGGCCCGAUGUAUUUGAAGAAAAGAUACUCCCGUGUACAACGAAAAACAAAACUUUCGAUCAGUUUCCUGAAGACGCUAAGAAAGCGUUCAACGACAGUAUUAUCGAUGGGGUUAAUCAGGUACAAGAACUUGAGGUAUAUUUACCGAGAAUUCAAGCCGCUAUCAAUAAAGCGAUGACCGUUCCUCCAAAUCCACCCAAAGAUCCCUUCAUCACCGUCAUUCAUUCUGAUUAUUGGGUUAACAAUACGAUGGUAUUGAAGGAUAUUACUGGAAAACCGGUAAAAAAUAAAAUAGUCGAUCUGCAACUCAUAACGCUUGAUUCGCCGAUAAAAGAUCUUAUAUUUUUCUUGUUUACGAGUGUUAUUAACGACGUCCUGGAUAAAAAUUUCGAUAGAUUAGUUCGUAUUUAUUACGAAAACUUUUUGGAUAACUUGAAAGAUUAUGGCAUCGAUAUUGGCUUGUUUUCUUGGGACGUCUUUGAAGAGGAAUUGAACAGAGUGGCAAAAGAAGAAUUCUACCAUGUGGCAGUGAUGUUAAAACCCAUUUUUACUGAAAGGGGAAAAGUUCAGCACAGUUUGGAAGAUUUCCAGCCAAGCGAUUGGACCAGGGAUGAUUUGUUAGGACCUAGACACACCAAAAAAAUGAAGGACACAGUGCUUGCUUUCGCAAAACAUAAAUGGAUUUAAAUAAAUAAUAUUGGUUAAAUUUAAUUUUUAAAUAAAUAUUAUCCGAUUUGAUUGUUCAAAUUGUGUACAUUUUUAAAUCAAUUUGUUGUUAAUUCCAUAUGAUAAUUGGGUCUGUUGUUAUUAUUCAAUUAAUCGAAUAAGUGGUUGAUUUUAUAAAAAUUAUUGAUUAUUACGAUAUUGUUAAUUGACUAUUGUAACUCUCAAAAUUAUUUCUAUUACCUAUUGGAUUAAAUAAGUUGAUUUUUUCUGUUUA